CGCAGCGCGGGGGGAGGGCUGGGUGGGGGGAGAGCGGCGGCCGCGCGUGAGGCCGAGGGAGGGGCGGCGGCGGCGGUUCCAGCAUGAAGAGGAGAGCUGGCCUGGGGGGCAGCAUGAGGUCAGUGGUGGGCUUCUUGUCCCAGCGGGGCUUGCAUGGGGACCCCCUGCUCACUCAGGACUUUCAGAGGAGACGUCUGCGGGGCUGCAGAAACCUCUACAAGAAGGACCUCCUCGGCCACUUCGGCUGUGUCAAUGCCAUUGAAUUCUCCAACAAUGGAGGCCAGUGGCUGGUCUCAGAAUGUCAUCAGGGACCACCAUGCAGGAAUUAUCAGAUGUCUGUAUUUUUUUUCUUUACAGGAAAUGAUGAGCAAGUUAUCCUCCAUGAUGUUGAAAGCAGUGAGACCUUGGAUGUGUUUGCUCAUGAAGAUGCCGUAUAUGGCUUGUCAGUAAGCCCAGUGAAUGACAACAUUUUUGCCAGUUCCUCAGAUGAUGGCCGUGUUCUUAUUUGGGACAUCCGGGAGUCUCCCCAUGGAGAACCCUUCUGCCUGGCAAACUAUCCGUCAGCCUUUCAUAGUGUCAUGUUUAACCCUGUGGAGCCAAGAUUAUUGGCCACAGCCAAUUCAAAGGAAGGAGUGGGACUGUGGGAUAUUCGAAAACCUCAGAGUUCUCUCUUGCGCUACGGUGGAAACCUAUCCCUACAAAGUGCCAUGAGUGUGCGAUUCAACAGCAAUGGGACCCAACUCCUGGCCCUGAGGCGUCGCCUGCCUCCUGUGCUCUAUGACAUCCACUCCCGCCUGCCUGUGUUUCAGUUUGACAAUCAGGGUUACUUCAACUCAUGUACCAUGAAAAGCUGCUGUUUCGCAGGAGAUCGUGACCAGUAUAUCCUUUCAGGCUCUGAUGACUUCAAUCUGUACAUGUGGAAAAUUCCUGCAGAUCCAGAAGCAGGUGGCAUUGGUAGGGUGGUCAACGGAGCCUUCAUGGUGCUGAAAGGGCAUCGAUCUAUUGUUAACCAGGUCCGAUUUAAUCCCCACACCUACAUGAUCUGCUCUUCGGGUGUAGAAAAGAUUAUCAAGAUCUGGAGUCCAUACAAGCAGCCAGGAUGUACUGGAGACCUCGAUGGUCGGAUUGAGGAUGAUUCCCGCUGCCUCUAUACCCAUGAAGAGUAUAUCAGCCUCGUGCUGAACAGUGGUAGUGGCCUGUCACAUGACUAUGCCAACCAGUCGGUCCAGGAAGACCCCCGGAUGAUGGCUUUUUUUGACUCCCUGGUACGCCGAGAGAUUGAGGGUUGGAGCUCUGACUCAGACAGCGACCUCAGUGAGAGUACCAUCCUCCAGCUACACGCAGGGGUCAGCGAGCGCUCAGGCUACACGGACUCAGAGUCCUCAGCCUCACUGCCUCGCUCCCCACCUCCCACGGUAGAUGAGUCUGCCGACAAUGCCUUCCAUCUGGGGCCCCUGCGGGUCACUGCCACAAAUGCAGUGGCAUCUACUCCCCCAACACCCACGUGUGAGGAUGCUGCCUCCCGCCAGCAGCGUCUGUCUGCUCUGCGGCGCUACCAGGACAAACGCCUCCUGGCACUUUCCAAUGAGUCUGAUUCUGAAGAGAAUGCCUGUGAGGUUGAACUGGACACAGAUCUCUUCCCCCGGCCACGGUCACCCAGUCCUGAAGACGAAUCCAGCAGUUCUAGCAGCUCUAGCAGCUCAGAGGAUGAGGAGGAGCUGAAUGAACGGCGAGCCUCUACCCGGCAGAGGAAUGCCAUGCGGCGCCGACAAAAGACACCCCGAGAAGAGAGGCCUGGUGCCCCGAUCAAGCCCACCAACACCUACAUUGGAGAAGACAACUAUGAUUACCCCCAAAUCAAAGUGGAUGACCUCUCCUCCUCUCCCACCUCCUCCCCUGAGCGGAGCACUGCCACACUGGAGAUUCAGCCAAGCCGGACAUCACCAACUUCUGACAUUGAAUCAGUUGAGCGGAAGAUUUAUAAAGCUUACAAGUGGCUCCGCUACUCCUAUAUCUCCUACUCAAAUAAUAAAGAUGGCGAGACCUCCUUAGUGACAGGGGAGGCAGAAGAAGGAAGAGCAGGAACCAGCCGCAGAGACAACCCAGCCCCUUCCUCCAGUAAGGAAGCCUGUCUAAGCACAGCAAUGGUUCAGAGAAACCAGGACCUGCCUCCUGAAGGCUGCAGCAAGGACAUUUUUAAAGAAGAGACUUCUAGAAAUCCCAGCAAUGGUUCAGGCCACGAGUAUAGCAGCCACCUUUGGGCAGAGGUGCCAGAGGGCACCUCUCAGGACGCUAACAAUGGGGGCUCUGUAGAACACCCUUUCGAAACCAAGAAGCUCAAUGGAAAGGCCCUGAACAGUCGGGCUGAGGAGCCACCUUCUCCCCCUAUCCCCAAGGCAUCUGGCUCCACUUUCAGCAGUGGGUCUGGCACCUGUCCCAGGACCCAGUCUGAUGACAGUGAGGAGAGGAACCUGGAGACCAUCUGUGCCAACCACAACAAUGGACGCUUACACCCCCGCCCCUCUCACCCUCACAAUAGUGGGCAGAACUUUGGAGAGCUAGAGGCUAUGGCCUACUCUUCCCCAGGAAAUUCAGACACUGACCAUGAUAACUUGUCCCUGACAGGGACACUCUUACAUAAAGAUUGUUGCGGGUCUGAAAUGGUCUGUGAGACCCCCAAUGUUGGAACGAGAGAUGACCCCAGUGGUGAUUCCCCAGCCACAGACAACAGCAGGGCUGUCCAUGGCCACAGUGGCCUCAAAAGGCACCGACUUGAAUUGGAAGAUACAGAUUCAGAGAAUUCCUCCUCAGAGAAGAAAUUAAAAACAUGAUAAAUAAAAAGGGAAAAUAAAAGCUACAAAAAGUAGCCUUAUUAAAAAAAAAUUCCUAUUUAGUGAAUACAGAGGAAAGGAAAAACAAGUAUUAAAGGCACAUAAAACCAGGGCCUGAAA